AUUCCGCUCCGAGACUUCGCCUCGCCUCUGGCCCGAAGGGAUCGGCUCUAUAUGUACAAUACAGGAUGAAGAGCUUCCAGAAGCUAGGUACCCGGCGAUCCUUCAGGAACCGGAUUGAAUGGGAUCUUCGAAGAGCCAGAAGUCGAUCAACUCAAUUCGUAUUGCGGAUGUUAGGGUUUGACGGAAGAUCUCAUGGUUCGCUUAUCGAAGCUUUCGAAGGAUGGUGGACCGUGGUACAUGCAUGGAUAGUGGGCUAAGUAACUUCUUCCGAAACAACAACCAGAGUCCAGACGCCAACCAACGGUCGAGCCUUUCCUGCCUGUCACCUCAUCUUCGCCUCCACCCCUCACGACCGAGUAUCGCCACCACUAACUAGUCCCCACAAAUGCCGAACGAGCGAGACGUCGUCCUGAUCGAGCGCGACGAGUCGGGUAGCAUUGUCGCCCGCUACGGACACUCCACCGCCGGCGCAGGCACACGAGCUGCCGCUACCGAAAAGCUAGCUCCGCAGCGGCGGCGGCCUUUGCUACAGCAGUUGAUCACUAUAUUCCUUCCUGCAGGGUUUCCCGCCAGCGUCACUGAGGAUUAUGUUGGGUAUCAAAUCUUUGACUCUCUACAAGCAUUCUCCUCGUCCAUUGCGAGCCUCCUCACUUCUCGGGCGGUUCUCCAAGGUGCGGCCUCCUUCUUUCGGAUUCAAUUGCGCGGAUAUAGGUAUUCUGCACAAGGGCGAGGGAAAAUUGCUAAUCCGAAGACAGGUUUCGGUGUCGGGUGCGGACCAUAUCUACUCUACUUCCAUUGCCCACCAGUCGCACAGUGUCGGCCGUUUCUAACCCCACGGUGCUUGCUUCGAUAUAGAGAUGCAAACGCCUCAGCGACGAGCGCUUUAUUGCUCACCAUCGUGCAAGAUUCUGUUGGCCGCGUCGCCACUAUCCUGUUCGCUUACAAGUUUGGUCCCGCGCUGGAGGCUGAGUGCAAGACGUACCGGUUCCUUGCCGACAUCUUUAACGAUUCUGCCAUGGUCAUGGACUGUUUAUCGCCGGUGCUCCCCCGGCUGGCGCGUGUCGGAUUGCUAUGCGUGUCAGGGUCGUUGCGGGCUUUAUGUGGCGUCGCCGGCGGGGCGUCGAAAGCGAGCCUGAGUGUCCAUUUCGCAAAGUCCGGCAAUGUGGGCGAACUGAACGCAAAGGACUCCAGCCAGGAAACAGUGAUUAGUCUCAUGGGGAUGCUGGUGGGUAGCUUCGUCGUCUCACACAUCACUUCUCCGGCGGCGACCUGGAUUGCGCUCAUAUCCUUGUUGGCGGUUCAUCUGGCAACAAACUACAAGGCUGUCAGAUGCGUUGCCAUGCGGACACUCAACCGCCAGAGGACCUGCAUCGUGGUUUCGCAGUUCCAGCAAACAGGAAUAGUCCUGACGCCGAAGGAAGUAUCCCGGCGCGAGCGUGUUCUCGAACACGAUGGCAUUCUGAGAUGGGGCGAACACUCUGUUCUCGGAUUUGGAGACGUGGGCGUCCAAUUUGCCACUGUGCUGGCCUCGCUUACGGUCGAAGUCGCAUCGUUCGACGACAACGCUUCCAGACGGUGGAUCCAGGAAGUCGCGGCGAUAUUCCGCAUGCAGAAGUACAUGCUGUGGCCAGCUACGACUAUGGGCCGGCGCCGUCUGCUGCUGGCCGGCUCUUCCCUUCCCACCGUCUACAUUUGCCUAAAAGUGGGAGCAACUGCAAACGAUCAAGUGAGGGCAUGGAGUCACGCACUACUCGUAGCGAAGGAGCUGGUUUCUCGGCGGCAGCGACGGACGCGCCAAUCGUACGAUAAGAAAAGUGAUGACGAUGACGGCGGGAUGGCGGUGGUGUCGGUGGUGUCGGAGAGGGUUGCAGUUCUGCAAGUCACAAUGGAUGAGAUGGAUGGGAAAUUCGCGGCGCUCGCAUCGCAGCUGGCAGAGAAGGGAUGGGAUCUCGACACGGCGUGCAUCGAGACGAGAAGUGGCUUUCGAAUCACGGUCAUCGACGCUGACCACGACGAAAACCCCGACCACGACCACGACCCCGGCGAGGUUCCCGGCACCAGGGAAGCGCGCGCCGACGGCUCCUCCUCCUCCUCCUCCAGUGACGGUGGCGUGGUCGAGACCAAGACCGAGUCGCCUCCCGCCUAUCGCGAAAGCAAAAAGGCAGUUUGACGGCUCCGAUGACACCCGCCUGUUGGACAAUCUGAGAAGAGGGUUGACAGUUGUUGGGGGGGAGUCAGGCUCGGCUUUCUUUUUCCGUAAGGGAGAAGUGGAUUAGGCGACGUGGUCGCGUGGGAAGGAGUG